AAUAUAAUUUUGAUAUCUUAAUUAAUUCUUUUUUUUUUUUGGUAAUAUAAUUAAAAUAUUUUCGAGAGGGCAAGCCUUACAAUAAGGGUAAGAUUGCUCUUUUAUAAACGGAAAGUCACGAAUUCAAGUCUUAAAAACAAUCUUUUUAAAGGAAGAUUGUGUAGUACAAACUUUCAUCCCAAUCCUUAUAAAACGAAAAAUUUUGUGUAUCGGAGUUUAUCCUUUUUAUAGUUAGAAUAUCCUCAAAUUUUGCUUAACUCUAAAAUUGUUUCGAAUUGUUUUAUGAUUUUAAUUAAUAUAUUAGUACAAAAAAUUUUUUUUAAUGAAUUUAGGAAUUGCGAAAAGGAGGAGGAGCAGCAGCUAGGAAGGCAGGAGGGUUGAGUUUGAGUUUUAAAAGAAGAGAGCGUGGGGGGGUUAGAAAGGUAAGUAUAGGUUGUUGAGUUGAAGGACAAAAGCAGACGUUAAAGUAUUACUAUGUAUAUAACACAUAAAAUCUUCUUUUUCUCCUCCAAAGAAAAGAGGGAGGAAAAAAGAUAAAGAAAAGAGUAGUAGUAAAAAGGAAUCAAAGUCCUUCAAACUUAUUUACUUUUUUCCCUUCCUUUCCUUUCUCAUCUCACCCUAAGUACCCUUACCCCCCCAUGUCCACAAAAGAAAAUACUACUACUGCCUGUCUCUCAAGUGUCAUUUUCUCACAUAUACUUCACACAAAAGAAACAACCAUUCACUUCAUACCUUGUCAUUUCUUCUCUUUCUCUCUCUCUUAAUCUCCAAUCUCUGCAACCACUUCCCCCUCCCUUCCAAACAAUUGAUCAAACCCCAUCUGAAGAAAACCCCAGAAAUUGUUUUACCUGAAAUAUAUAAGGUAAAAACCCUUUGGCCUGGAUCAUCCAACCAACACACACCUCUCUUGUUCAACUUCAUCAUAUUUAUACAAGAUAAAGACCUAAUCCUUUCUUGGAUAUAUACUUGUACCACCCAAAACACAGUAGGGAGGAGAGAAGAAGAAUAAAAAAAGGAAGUGAUCAGGAACAUAAGCAGAGGGGCCUGAAAGUGAUUGUCUGGGUGUUAAAGAUGGAGCUAUUCCCAGCACAACCAGAUUUAUCCUUGCAAAUCAGCCCUCCAAACAGCAAACCCACUUCUACAUGGAGGAGAACAGAAGAAGAUUUGGGUUUCUGGAAGAGAGCUCUCGACUCAAGAAACUCCAUGUCUUCAAUGGCUAAACCUGAUAACUGCUUCGAGCUCUCCUUGUCGAAUCCAAGGGUUUCAGAGUCCAACUCCAACCAUAACCUUCUCCAAAACGGUAGCGCCAAUUGCAAUGGUAAUUUUUUCCACGCUUAUCACCAAAACCAGUUCCCUCACCCUCACAACCAACUGCAACAUCCGGUACUGUAUCAACAUUACCAGCAGCAACAUCAAGGGCUAGGACAAGAGCUUGGUUUCUUGAGACCCAUAAGGGGAAUUCCCGUCUACCAAAACCCUCCUCCUCCUAAUCCAUUAUCAUUUGCUCAACAGGCUUUGGAUUCAUCUUUAGCUUCCUCUCCUCCUUUUUUGGCUAGUAACGGUACUAGUAACACAAGCUUGAGCCCCUUUCAGUCUCAAGGGUUGAUGAGAUCAAGGUUCAUUUCAAGGUUUCCAGCUAAACGAAGCAUGAGAGCUCCAAGGAUGCGGUGGACAACUACACUUCAUGCUCGCUUCGUUCAUGCUGUUGAGCUAUUAGGUGGUCAUGAAAGAGCUACACCCAAGUCAGUUCUUGAGCUAAUGGAUGUCAAAGAUCUUACCUUAGCACAUGUUAAAUCCCAUCUACAGAUGUAUCGAACGGUGAAGACAACAGACAGAGCAGCUGCAUCUUCAGCAGGACAAUCGGAUGCAUUUGAAAAUGGAUCAUCUGGGGAUACUUCUGAAGAUUUGAUGUUUGACAUUCAAAACCCAAGAAGAUCAGAGAUAUCAGUUCAACAAGGAAGAUCAUCAUCAUCAAAUGCUCAUCAAGACAAGGAGUACCAUGGCCUCUGGAGCAAUUCAUCAAGGGAAGCUUGGCUGCAUGGGAAACCUAAGGAUUCUGCUGGAAACUUAUCAUCUCUCCAGAAAGAUAUGGAUCCAAAGUGCUUAAGCUAUGACAGAAAAUCAGAUGUAAGCUCAUCAAGCCUUUCUGGGACAAGCCCGAAGAAGCCUAAUUUGGAGUUCACCUUGGCAGUAUUGCCACAUUGAUAUAAAAAAUUAUAUAAAUAUUUUAUAUCUUUGUGUGUCUACUACUCAUUUUAAAACGAUCAUAUCUUCUGAAGAGAUGGUGAUGGGGGGAGCUGGUGAAGAGAAUCAGGUACCCAUUCAGAAAAAAAAAAAAGAGAAAAAAAGGGGAAAAAAAAGGAGAAAGAAAGAAAACAAAAGGAAAAGAAAAGAAAAAGAGAGCAUAAAGAAAGGCAAGGAGACAAGAAAGACAGAAAGCAACAAAAGGAGAAGGGUGUGGAAACAAAAGCACAUCCUUCCUAUCAAUCUGUGAGAGAUCCAAAUCAACAUAUUAUAUUCCUACGUAAAUAUGAAAUCUAAUUGAUUUUCUAUGUUUUGCACUUAGAGAACAAAGAGAGAGAAGAAAAAGAAAAGAGAUAGAGUGACCUUUAACUAUCUUAAAGCAUGAAGUGAUCCUUGGUAAUUGUAAUGGAGAGCUUUACAUUUUAUAAAAUAUCUUUACCAAAGGGUGAGUUUGGGGUU